AAAUAAUUCAAAAAAAUAUGAGCUAUGACUGAUCUUAAAUGUUUCGAUGUCAUAAGCAGACAAAAAGAAUGUUAGACCUUAACAAGUUGGAAAAUCACAGGACUGUCAUAUCACGCACCACGAUUAGGAUAUUUAUUUUAGUGGAUUAUAUGCCACAGAGGAGCAUCUCUUACAACUUAAACAUAGAACUAAAAGGAGCCAGCAAUUUUCUAUUACUACUUAUGAAGGAGUGAAUACUCACGUUAUUGUCCGAAGGUUAAUUGAGUGGGGGAUUUCGAAGUGAGACGUUUCACUGAUACACGAACUGUGGUGCUUGUUAUCGCGUGGGCAUUGUGAGAUGGAUAGAGACUCACUUCUUAUGGCAGUUUCUUCUCUCCUAGAUCCAACUAUUGAUAACGAUCAGCGAAGUAAAUGCUUCAUGGUAGCUGAGAAUUACAAAAAUGAGCAAUUCCAGUAUGCUGAUGUUGACUUUCUGUGUAAUCCGAACCAGCCUUCUGCUAUCAUACUUUUUGGACUUCAGUGUUUAGAUCAUUACUUAAAAAAUCAUUGGGGUCAGAUGGGGUUUCAUGCGAAAUCCAGCCUGAAACAAAAUAUUUUUAAACUUUCAAGAGAAAUAAAUAAUUUUCGGUUUUCUAGAGAAGAAAUGCGCGCCUUCACUCUAAUGUUGAGUCAAAUUAUCGUUUUCCUCAUCAAGUGUGAAUGGCCUCAGCAAUGGCCUACUAUGUUACCUGAAUUCCUGUCCCUUGGAAAAUUAGGGAUUCCCCAAACUAAAUUAGUGCUGAAUUCAUUCUUAAGAUUGUACGAAGAUGUUAUACAAUUCCAAGAUGCUCCACCAUCUCGACGGCGUGAUAUUUUAACAGGUCUGAAUGACAACUUGACCGAGAUAUUUGUUUUUGCACUUGAUAGUAUUGUCAACAGACUCCCGAAUGCCGAUUCAUUCAUCGACUGCGACUCACUUGACAUCUGUCGUGAGUCAUUAUGUACAUUGGGAGGGUUCCUAGAGUCAUGUCGUCUAAAUGUUUUGACUUCUUGGACCCCUUCAGAAAUCGCUAUCAAAAACCUCAACCUUAGUCGCACCUUGCCAUUUCUGAGUUUAAUUACUACGCUCGUUGGGAUUAGAAGUUUACAAACCGAUGCUCUAAGUUUGAUAAAUAUCUUGCUAUCCAGACGAAUACAACCGGGAUCCGAAAUUCCAGAUUCAUAUGGCCCAACUAUAGCUGACAGUUUUCUGAAAGAGCCUUUGGGAUCUUCAUCUCCAUGCAAUAAUCUCAUAAAAGUUUUAUGUUCUACAUUAUCCGAAAAUCCCGAGUAUUCUGAUGAACGUUACAACUUCUUAAGGCUAUUUGGUGAUAUUGUAGUCCAUAUUGGUUGUCAUAUGAUUAUCCAUUGGAAGGAGUAUUCAUAUGAAUCCGCUCUCUGCAAUUGCUUGGACAAUGGUGUAUGUGAAUGUCCUAACCUACCAUCACAUCUCUUCCAGGCAAUUUUACUUUUGACUGCCUACCCAAUCCAAGUGAUAUCAGCGUGCACUAACAAAUUUUGGAUCACCGUUCUUCGUUCAGACGAAAAAUCUCUACUAAAGUUAACUGAAAGGUUUGCGGAUGAUUUAUUUAGCAUUUGGCGAAAGAAUUCAUUAAAAGUUGGUCAACCAUCUGGUACUGGUAUUCAAAGUGAGUGGAACCGAAGAAUUUUCGAAACCGAUGAUCAUACUAGUUUUUUCUCUCGAUACCGAAGUGAUUUAGUGAAGUGUUUGUCAGCUGGAGCGUCUUGCUGGCCACAAAAAGUUUUACUUUUGUGUAUAUCAUGGAUUGAAACACUAAUCCAAGCAUCUCCUUCCUGUCAAGAUUAUGAUCCAAUUACUAAAUUCCUGUUAGCGACUUCACCACUUAUACUCGAAUGGGAAGCUUUAGAUUCGUUUCUAGAACCAUGUCUAUCAGCUGUUGAACAAUCAUUGGAGGCUCUUCAUAUUGAUAUGGAUGUUAGUUCAAAAGUAAAAAAUUUGAUUCAUGGGAUUUUACAAUCUUCAAAUAGUAUGGAUCCACUCCUUCGUGCUAAGCAUCUAGCUUGUUUAUCAAUGCUAUUACAACAUGUUGAUUCAAAUAAUGAUUCAGAACUUCUGGUACCCUUUUUAAAUAAGAUUUUUGAAUCUUUAAACUGUUGUCCUGUUGUGGAUGAAUCUCCAUCUUUAAUCGAUACACUUGAUUUUGUAAAUAGACCACGGCAAGUUAAAACUAUGCACUUAGCAUCUGCAACAUCAUUUCUUCGUUUCACUCGUGCUCGUCCUAUAAGAAUGAUGCCUUAUUUUGAUAAAAUAUUAAAUGAAAUAAAUAAACUUUGGAUGGAGAAAAUUUGUGGAAGUAUGGAGAAAGGUAUUCUUUUAGAAGCUUUAGUGAUACUUGGCUUUCGUGUUCCUCAGCCAAUCAAUGUACAGUUCAAUUUUCUUCAAAGUUUACUUGCCAAUGUUUAUGGUCCAUGGUGUGGUCAAGAUCCUUACAACGUGACACCACUUUCAGAACUAUUGCGCUCAUGUGAAUCUGGGGCACCUGGUUUAGUCGCAGUUUUAGGCCUUGAUAAACCUUCUGACCAAUUGGGGAACUUUGAAUCUCCAUAUGUUCAAACCCGGAUAAAUUUGAACCACAAUGUUCGUUCGUUAUUGGCUGUUUGUAGACGCCUCGCAGAACCGUGCAAUAAUCAGCAGCUUGAAAAUAUUUCACUACCCAUCUUGGAACCCGUUUUAUCACCAGUUCUACAUGUUCUUCGAGCAUUUAACGAACUUUGGUUACCGGAAACACUGAAACUAGUUCAUCCAACUUUACUUCCUGUAUUACAACAUACAGAUGAAAUUCAACUAUGUUUACUGAAUUCUCAAUUUCAAAAUAUACUCAAAUCUGUAGAUGUUACGAAUCCUUCGUUACACCGAUUGCGCACUUUUCUCAAUGACUGUCAUGAGAACUUAAUGGGGAUAGUUGGCUUUUUAUUUGUUUCGUUGGGGUCGAAAUUCUAUCGUUUACCAACCGAACAGUUAAGAAUUGCAUUGCACGAUGGUUGCUGUGCUGCAUUUGAACAUUUGCCUGACCUCAAGCUAAAUAGUCUUCUACGAUCUAUUCUUCGUCCAUUUAUCCGUCAGUGUCCUAGACAGUAUUUUGAAACUGCCAUCGCUCCCUUGGUCCCACCAGUAAUUGAAGCUGCUAUUAAGAGAACUGAAGCAAGAUGGAAUGAAUUAAUCAUGGCCGAAGGACGUAUCUGUGAUGACGAAAAAGCAGUUGCAGCUGAACUUGUACUAGACAGAUCAACUCGUCUCUUAAGUCGAACGUGUUUGGAUAUAUUGCGCUUGAUUUACACUUUCAAUGGCUAUGAAAUAUCUGAACAAUUUAAUCCUCCCAAGGAAGAUGAUGGAGAGUGCGAUGAUGAUAAUGAUGAUGUAGACAUGUCAGAAAGUAUAUGUGCAAAUGGUCAGUCGGGUACAAAUAGUUCACUUGGACAUUUAACAAAAUUAUUGGCAAAUAUGCACGCUAUGUCAUCGGAACCAGACUAUAAUGCACAGAAUCUUCCUUCAGAUCCUUUGUUCUUACGUUCAUUAACGAAAAUUUUAGCUUGGCCUGAUACUUCAAUUUGCUCUAAAGCUGCUCAAUGGAUAUCAAUUCUGGUUGAGAUGCUGACCAAUACCGUCACCCAGACUAAUUGUGGUCCAAAAAUCGCUACCACACAUUUAUCUCCUAAUAUUGCAGAAUUUAUUUUAUUCGGAAUCUUAUGUGGUCUACAUGUAAAUGGUAAAAAUGCUGAAAAUGCUUUAAACUGUUUAUUAUAUGCUGGAAUUAAAACUUAUCUAUCUGUGGAUAUUAUUGUGGCCAGACAAAAUUUACGAUCUGUUAUAAUCCGCGUUUUAAUGGAUACAUUAAAUGGUGACAAAACUAAAGAAGGCCAAAUACAACAACAAAUUCAAAUUUUUGAGGAAAAAAUGUUUGGUAACCGAGACAAACCGGCAACAAUGCGGGCGAGGCGUGAUGCUUUUAAAAAAAUCGUCGACCCUAUUAUUGGAGUUCCUCUCAGCCAACGUUUUCGUAAUGAAUUUCAAAUAUACAAUAUACCUCCUCUGCACCGACCCAAGUGGAUUCGUAUACGUGAGAAAAGGGAUACAUCUCAUAUUGAAAACGAUUUCGGUCUUACAAAUUUAUUUACUAAUGCAACUAUCUAAAUUGGAGAAAUUAUGAUUGUGUACAUUUCUUAUUAAUGAAGUUUUUGUUUCCAUUUCUUUUACACCUCUAACAUCAAUAAUUGCUUUUGUUAUAACUGAAAUUUUAUACCAAAGUUGACAAGACAGUCAGUAGUUGAUAUCGUCUAAGUUCAGCAUAAUAAAUCCUGGCAUAAGUGUCAAUCAUAAUCAUCACUGUAACUCCGCCCUUCUAGGUUUAAUGCCUUGCUAAAAAAACGCUAACCAGAAUUAACAAUUUGAACUCUGCCUUGAGAGUUGAAGGAUCUUCAUGUAGAAGAAUUAUAACGCCUCAUGUUAAAUGCCGAGAUUAUUCGGAAGUCACGAGGCCGAUGCCCAUUCUAACAACCAGAGGAACAAUUAAUAUAGGUACAUGGAAUGUCCGGACAACAUGGGAGACAGUGUGGACUAAUCAAAUAGUUACGGAAUUGAGGAUAUACAACUUGGAGGUGCUCGGAAUAAGUAAAACCCACUGGACCCAAGCUGGGCAGAAAAGAUAAGGUUCAGUAGAAACGCUGUUUUACUCUAGUCAUGAAGAAUAAAAUGCUUCACACACACAAAAUAUGAAGGCACGGAUUGGCAAAGAAAGGGUAGUAUCCCUACCAUUGAAGAACGUAUGGAACUCAAAACAACUGUCAGCCAACAUCAAAGUUAGAAUCUCUUAUGCGAACGUCAAGAUAGUUCUAUUGUACGGAACUGGAACUUGGAGAAAUACUGGAAGCAUCAUCAGGAAGAUACAAGUAUUUCUAGACAAUUGUCUACGCAAGAUACUGAAUGUCCGCUAACUAGAUACCAUCAAUUACAGCCUACUGUAUGAGAGAACAAACCAACUUCCAACUGAAGAGAAAAUUAGGAAAAAGCGCUGAAAGUGGAUAGGACAUACAUUAUGGAAAUCACCAAACUGCAUCAUGAGGCAAGCGCUAACUUUCGAUUCUGAAGGGAAACAGAAAAUCGGAAGACCAAAGAACACGUUGCGCCGGGAAAUAGAAGCAGAUAUCGAAAGGAUGAAUAGCAACUGGAAAGGAGGGUUCAAGGGUUGAAUGGAGAAUGCUGAUGGGUGGCUUAUGCUCUUACACAGAGUGUGACAGGCGUCCGUAAGAAAAGUGUACCUCAUUCUGAGAACUGUUGCGUAAGACACUUCCUAUGAUGGUUAAUUUUUAAAUAAUAUAAGUACUGCAUUUAUUUUUAUCCUUGCAAUGGAUAGACAAUUCCCAUUUAAACAUUAAAAACACGACGUUUAGCGAUCGGAUCUCUUUCCAACGAAUUUAUUAUCAAGCUGUACAAUGUUGUUAAAAUCUUAAGAACAAGGGGAUAAUAACCCCAGACUUACAUGAUCACAUUCGUCCAACGGGUUCGACCACCCCGUGCUUACCGGAAGUACAUAGACCUGUUUUGGAUAUGUCGAGUUCACCAUGGUAAUGAAUCGGACAAUGGUUAAUGAAAAAAAUUGGAACUAGUUAGAAGGCAAGUAUCUAAAUAUUCUACUCAAGAUACUUUUUAAUUUACUGAUCGUGUUAAGGACGUUAGUACUUUGGAAAACACGUGUUCCUGUGUGGCGUUAAUUCUUUGUUCACUAGUGUACCUUUGAUUGAAACGAUAUGCCAUAUAUGUGGUUUUAACAACAUAGAUCUAAGUCUGCCAACUGACCACUUGAAAGAACUACUAUUAUGUUGUACCUUUAAUGUCCGAUUCAGUUUCAACAGUGAAAUAUAUAGACAAAAAGAUGGGGUCCAAUUUGAGCAGACUGUUUUAUGGCAAAACUGCAUAAUUAAGUUCGAUGAUUAAUAGAUUCCAACUAUACGUAAGAUACAAGGACGACACAUUUGUGACGAUAAUAUUGAGUUGGGAGAUAUCGUACACUCGUUCGACACAUGCUAGUCUUCACGUUAGAAAGCGAUGAGAAAGAGUAACAGUCCCUUAAAAAGAUCCAUAUUUUGACUACAAACAUGGAAUGGCCAUCCGACCAAAUUCUACAGCUGAAUUCCUUUAAGCAGAAAGAGAAACCUUAUUUACCGAAUACACCGGAUAUGUUAUACAGAAUGCACUGAGGAAGAAUUCGCAUUCCUCAGGAAGACUCCAACGAAAAAUCACUAUCCAGACCGCUUCAUAGAUAAGAAUAUGAAGAGUAGUUUUGACGGAAUCCAGUUGCUUCGUUUAUAAAAGAACCAUAUAAAUUUGGAAUUUAGAGGUGAUCGAACAUCUGAUGUAAUCAAAAAUCGGUUAACGACAGUGACAAAAAGAACAUUAUGCGGCAAAAGAGAAUAACGUUCACAAGUAGUAGCUUGUUUUCUGUAUCCAUAAACGAUAAGCUUUCCCGUCUGGUUGCCUCCAUGUGCAACAUCUACCAGUUUACCUGCCCUUGUGGAGUAAGGUACAUUGGCUGUAGCCAGCGCUCGCUUACAAAUCUGACAUGGGAACAUUUCCCAAUGUGGUUCUACAAGGUUGAGAGGAAAGCAGUUACAAGUUUCAUAUUUGAACAUAUAAUCGACUAUAAUCAUUCUACUGAUUCAUAGUUUGAUUUUAAGGUUGUAUACACGAUUCGUCUAAAUCUAUCUAGAUUUCGAAUCCAACUCCAAAAAAUAGCCGAAGCUCUUACUAUCCAUGACCUCAAACUAGAACUAUACGUACAAAAAAAGUACAUCCUAUCGUUACCUUGGCCUUAUUAUUUUUUAUUAUCGCAUUUCUCCCUUUACUUAUGCAUCACAUUCCCAUUAUUUUAUUAAUAAUUGCUCAUAUCACUUCAUCUAUUUCCCACCUCUAUUACCUUUAAUUGCCUACAAUUACUGUAACAAAAACAUUCCAAUCAUCUUACUACAUUCAUGUAAUGAUUCAUUGCUAACUCAUUCAGUCUAAUGUUAUUAUUCGUAUCACGUAAUCUAGUAUUAUAAUCUUUCUACUACAUCAUCUUUGUUAUUCCUUGUUCACUUUUCCUCACGGAACUAAUAAUUUUCAUAUUUAUAUACGAUUGUACCGCUUGAUAAUAAAUUCGUUGGAAAGAGAUCCCGUCGCUGAA